AUGUCCUCAUCUUCAGCGAGUUCUGUUCUUAUCUUUCAGGCUUACCUCAAUAAACAAGUCACGCCUCUUUUCAACCACUUCAAGACUAUCACUGCUGACUGGACCAAGAUUCCUGAGAAACACACUGACCAGUACAACCAGGUGAAUGCCAUCUCUAUAGCCUGCAGUACAGGAGUAGCAGGCUGUGAGGAGCUGACGACAGGCUGGUUCAAAGACUGGAUGAAAACGCCCGAGAACAACAGGAUUCACCCCAACCUGAGGCAGACGGUGUACUGCAGCGCCAUCGCAGCAGGAGGGGUGGAGGAGUGGGACUUCGCCUGGAGGAUGUACAGAGAGGCUUCCAUUGCCUCUGAGGCUGACAAGCUGAUGUAUUCCCUGGCCUGCACCAAGGUUCCCUGGUUACUGAACAGGUAUCUGAACUACUGUCUGGAUCCAGAGAAGAUUCGGAAACAGGACACCACAUUCACCAUUGUGUACAUUGCUGGUAAUGUUGUGGGCCAGUCUUUGGCUUGGGACUUUGUCAGAACCAACUGGAACCACUUAUUCAAUGAUUAUGGAGGGGGAUCGUUGUCCUUCGCACGGCUCAUUGAUGGAAUCACCAGGCGCUUCUCCUCAGAGUUUGAACUGAAACAGUUGCAGCUGUUCAUUGAGGAGAAUGCAGAGCAGGGUUUUGGUUCAGCCACACUAGCAGUGGACCAGGCCCUGGAGAGAACCAAAGCCAACAUGAAGUGGGUUGCAGAGAACAAGGCAGACGUCUACAAAUGGUUCACUGAUAAUUCAGCAUAAACUUAUUUUAUGGACUGUUUGGAGUUUCAAUUAAUUUGUGAAGAAUGCAAGCAUUUAGUGUUUCAUCAUGUGGAAUUCAUGAUUUUUCUGAAAUAUUUGCAGAGAAUUUUUACCUAGAACCAAUAAAGUUUACAUUGUAAAAAUA